AUGAGCGGCGAGAAGGAUCCGAAAGGAGGGUGUUUUUGCUUAGCCAGAGAGCACCCAUUGUCUACGUACACACCCAUAUGUUUUUCCUGCGGCUUUAUACUGUGCUCCAUGAAUCUUCCACAAUAUUCCUGUCCAUCCUGUUUCAAACCGCUAUGGACAGAUGCCCAGAGGUCUGGAAUUAUCUCCCAGAUCGACGGGGAAUUGGCUGCAAGCCUCGCGAAGGAAAUCGCAGAUGCAGAACGUGCAGCUGAAGAAGCCAGGAAGGCUGCUGGGGCUUUCCCUGUACUCUCCGGGACAAUAGUCUGA